AGUCAAACAUUGGCAAAAAACAGAAUAGAAUUUUUGCACCUUUAUUAUCGUCAGCCAGCUGCAGCGAAUUUUCGGCAAUUUUGUGAGAUACAAGCUUAAGCUCGACAUCGAACUACCGCAUUAUAGAACCCGAAUUAUUGAAAGCAUCGAUUGCGAGUGAUAAACAACCGGAAAACUCCAGGUGAUUAGCAAUAAAACGGUGUGUCUGCUUGCGCUGCGAACAACGUGCGACGCUGUGGGGCUGAGGGAACUGCGUUGAUCUGCAAUGUUUCACAGGAUUAACUGUCUGCAGCACAAUCUGGCAGGGUGUAUGUAAAAAUUCGGAUCCGGAAGGUUUAACGGACAAUGAGUACGAGAAUUAGGGCGUACCGAGCGCAGGAACGCAAACUAGCCGUCUACUACGUGUUUGUUUACGUUUUCUGCCUGCAGAUUAUCACGACGAAUACGCGCACUUCCACCCUGUGGAAGCUUAACUCGGAGCAGGGGAAGAUUGUGAGCGUUCCCGCUUCCGGUGUGAGCGGAAGGGAUGAUUCUUUCGCCACUUAUGCCAUGGAGGAACUGACGGGUGAGCGCGGUCAGUUCCUUCACCCGGACGAAGCCGACGAGGACGAGGAGUCUACGUUCGCUAUAAUAACGGCGACAGCGGCCAACUAUCGGCAUAACACGUGGAACAUUGGCGAGGGGACGACGGAGGAACUGCUGCGACGGCUUGAGGAGAAUCCAACAGCGAGCCCUCUUACUUCCUAUAGCAAGUCUGCAAAAAAUUCCAGUGGGAACACUGACAGCAGAAGUGAUUUCCGUGGAAGCUCCACUGAUCAACUGAAGGAGGAAGCGAAAGCACCGGAACAGUUGGACUUACUAACCUGUGGUAAGCCGGUUAACUUUACGCACUACGAUGAUCUGGUCGGUGUGGCACAGCGGUACGAGCACAAUCCAGCGCCAGAACCGGAGGUUGCGUAUUUGUUUCUGAAGCGGAAGGCGGGCCAAUCGUUGGAACAUUUCAACAUUGACGCCCUAGAGCGACGGCUACGUCGGGCCAAGAAGGAACAACCGCACACCAUCUAUCUGUGGAAUCAGAUCGGGAACUUUUGGCGCAUUAAGGGGAACGCUGGUCAUGCGAUCGAGUGCUUCCGGCGGGCACUGUCCAUUUCGCCUACCAACGCCGAUACGUUGCUCAAUCUGGCCCGGGUGUUGUUUAAUUUGCAGUAUCUGGAUGAUGCCAUUAGUCUUACCAAGCGGUCGCUGGAGGUACAUCCACCAGAACGGAGCGCCUGGCGGCAAUAUUUUACUCUGGGCGAGAUUUUUAAGGCGUACGGACAGCUGUCUGAUUCGAUACUGCAUCUGAGGCAGGCGCUGGCGCUGCAUCCGCAUUACGAGCCGAUCCGACGGUUGAUUGCCGAAGCGGAAAAAAUUGAAUUCGCGUCCAACACGACGCGGAUGCAGUUCUACACGGGACUAAUCAUUGUGGUGCUGUCCCUGGUCGUCCUCUUAAUGGUCACCGUCAUGCUCAAGUCCAGAGGUUCUAGUCACGGCCACUGUAGUAGCUCAGCCAUUAGCAUUGCCAGUCUGGGUACUGCCGCCGGCGAUGGCAGCCUUGGCGAAGAUCCGGCAAAUGAUAACAACAACAACAAUAACAACGGCCCGGGUCGUCUGAUGGGACCACUUAUCAAUGGAUUUUCGUUGGCUGCCUUUCGGCCGGCCAAACAUUUCAAUCGAGCUCAGGCGAUGCGUUCGCUUCGGAGUGUCGCUUUUCGUUCGUUCCGCCCGUUCAGGUAUCGAAAGUGAGUUCGCUGUUUAGGUACUUGUAACACAUUUAUAUCCUAGUGAGGAAGUGGCUUGUCAACCCUUCGGCUAUUUAUUAGAUCAUACAGACAUAAACACUCACGCAGGCAGGCAGGCAGGCAGAUACAAGUUAGAAAUUAAAGAGUAAAAGUAGGAGCAGCUUACAAACCAACUACUAUUUAUUAUUAUUUACCAUAUAGGAAGCAAAAAGCAAACAAUAAUUAUUAUCAUUACGCGCUAGAAAGUAAUGACAACGCAACGCUAAGCGAAAGUUUAGGUGUGAAAGAAUGCGUUCGAUCCUACAACAAGAAUACUCUUCGUUUAAUUGAAAUUUAAAAUUAAAGCACAAGUACUUUAUUCCCAGGAUGCUGGCAACUCGAUGAGAUUAAGGGCACUGAUCCUAACCUUUUCUCGACGUAACAACCGAUUUUGGUUCCCAAACGGGGAACAUUUGACAAAAAUAAAUGUAUAAGUUAGAUUCUUAUAAGGGCUUUUGUCAUCCCAGCGUGAAUUUGUUCGAUUUUUGAAAAACAAAACGAAACUAUUUCUCUCGUGAAUUGAAUGUGAUAGUUUAUUUUUUUUUAUUUUAGUUUUUUUUUCCGUAGUUUUUUGAAUGAUUUGUUUUAAAAAUCUUCCCCUACUAGAAUUAGCCGCGCGAGCCAAUUGAAACAUAUGCUUAGUGAAAAGUGAGAAAAAAAUAAACGCAAAAUCAAUGA